AUGGAUUCUAGAAUGGCACCCGAGGUGCCCGGGAUUGUGCAACCGGGGAAUGUGACGCAGGACCUGAAGAUGAUGCUUUGUAAGUUAUUGAAUUCACCCAGGCCGGCAAAGACUUUCCCCGGUUCGCAGCCGAUCUCUUUCCAACAUUCUGACAUUGCCGAGAAAUUACAGACCCAGGACUACUACGUAUGUGAGAAGACGGAUGGUUUGAGAGUGCUCAUGUUUAUCUUGCUGAAUCCAGUUACAGGAGAGCAAGGGUGUUUUAUGAUUGAUAGAGAAAACAACUACUACUUGGUAAACGGGUUUAGGUUCCCCAAACUUCCAAAGAAGAAAAAGGAGGAACUGCUGGAGACGCUUCAGGACGGUACGUUGAUAGAUGGUGAGCUGGUUGUUCAAACGAAUCCAGUAACAAAGUUGCAAGAACUAAGAUACCUAAUGUUCGACUGUCUGGCAAUAAAUGGCAGAUCUUUGAUUCAAUCGCCAACGAGUUCUCGUUUGGCUCACUUGGGUAAAGAGUUUUUUAAACCUUACUAUGAUUUAAGAUCUUUCUACCCUGAUCACUGCAGUACUUUCCCUUUGAAACUGUCAAUGAAGCACAUGGACUUCAGCUACGAGCUAGUUAAAGUUGCCCAAAGUCUGGAUAAAUUACCACACAUGUCAGAUGGUUUGAUUUUCACUCCAGUAAGAGCGCCAUAUCAAGUUGGUGGGAAGGAUUCUCUUUUGCUGAAAUGGAAGCCGGAACAGGAAAACUCAGUGGACUUCAAACUCAUAUUGGAUAUACAGAUGGUGGAGGAUGUUUCUUUGCCCAAAAACGAUAUAAAUAGAUGGUACUACAAUUAUGAUGUCAAACCGCAGUUUAGCAUAUAUGUCUGGUUGGGUGGGCCCGAUAUCAAUACAAGAUUGAGACACUUCGAUAGGCCGUUCGAUAAGAAAGAAUUUGAAUUAUUGGAGAGAACGUACAAAAAAUUUGCAGAGUUGGAGAUCAGUGACGCCAAAUGGUCUGAAUUGAAGAAUCUGGAACAGCCUUUGAACGGCAGGAUCGUGGAAUGUACUAAGGACCAGGAAACUGGGGCAUGGAAAAUGCUGCGGUUUAGGGACGAUAAACUGAAUGGGAAUCACUCCUCCGUCGUGCAAAAAGUUUUGGAAAGUAUAAACGAUUCUGUGUCUAUUGAAGAUCUUGGCGAGGUUGUCCCAAUGAUCAAAGAGGCCUGGGAACAAAGGAAGCAACAACAUAGACAAAGCUUGCCUCAAACUACCGCUUCGUCAUUUACCGUACCUCCUAAACCACAGCAGCAGCAAUCUCAACGAUCACAGCCAGAAUCGGACAGCAAACCACAAUACGUGGACGAUGAAGAUGACUGGUUCGAAAAUUAG